GUCACACUGUGCUUUAAUACCGGAAUAUAUAUCAAAUCGUCUAGAAUUAUUUAAUUGCAAAUUGCUACAAAGUUAUUGUGUAGAAAGGUUUGCUUAAUUAGAAAAGGCGGUAUCAAAAUCCACAUGGAUGAUUCCAAUCCAAAUAUGCAGCAGGAGCAAGAUUUGCCGGGCUAUUCCUCUGCCGACGAUAGCGGUUCUGAGGCCGAAUCACUAUCCAGUGGGGACUCAGAUAGCUCAGAUUCUGAGAACAAUACAACAAAGAGUUGGGAAGAUGAAUAUGACAAAAUUGCGGGAAAGCCAGUCAAGGAAUUCGAAGACUAUGCGAAAAUGUGUCGCUUAGCAUUGAACUUGACAGAUUUCACGAAACUUAAAGCGUCGUUUGCUGAAUUCGAUGAAAAAUAUGCUAUACCAUCAGAACUUUGGUUACAUUAUCUGCGAAAGCUGAUAUUAGUAACACAAACAGACAAGGAGCGUAAGGAAUUUGAGACUUGGUUGAUAAAGGCGAUGAAAACAUAUUAUGAUACAAAACUAUCUGACCUCGUACUCGAGUACUUGAUGGAAAAGGGAUCGACGGAUAAUUCCUAUUUCUGGUCAAACGUUAUGGCUGACUACUCACUAGAAUGUCAGCACUACUUUGAAAAGAUGCGCACAUUCCUGAAGUCCAUAACAAACCAGGACGAAUGCGACAUAAUUAACGCACUAGUAAGGGAGUCGUGUCCCAAUUGGGAUAUUAGUAGUAAGGAAUCGUAUGCGAUUUUAGAUCUAGUCUUGAUUUGUGAUGAUCUUGUGGCCAAAGCUCAGGCUCAGAAUAACGACAAAAAAUGGAAGAAGUAUUAUAGCACGUACCUCCACAAAGUUCGUGAAGAUCCAACUAUUAACAGCAGGGUCAAAGAUGGGCUAAACAGGACAAUGUUUGAACGUCUUGUGGCCACAUUCCCCGCAGCCGAUAUACUUUGGAUUGGAUAUAUUGAGUACAUGCAGAAGAAUUCCACGCACGACAGUAUAAUUAGUAAACCUUCUCCAGCCAGUUCGGAACAAAAGUUGGGGUUUUUAAAAAAUUCACCACUUGAAUUGGUGAAACGUGCGUUGUUGGCCGGACCCAGUAUACGACUAAAUCAUCUAUAUUUGCAUAUGAUGGAGCAGGCAGGGUACACCGUCGAACAGAUCGACGAGGCACUACAACAAAUAUUUCCUCGCAUCACGAGACAAAUGGUCAUGACAGUGGAGCUUUAUCUAGACUACCUAGCUUAUCGUGUGCGCGUACUUAAUUCCGAAAGUGAGGAACAAGUCACUGCUUUGCGCACAUCAUUUCAACAGGUGUGGGAUAGCUUGUCCCUUACCUAUGGCGAUAAGGCAGAUACUAACUUUGAAGUCCUGAAGCUAUGGGCCCAAGUUGAAUAUUCCCACCUUAAGUGCCCCGAGCAAGGCAAUGCCAUAUGGCGUCAAAUUCUCGCUUAUUUAUCUGAAGCGCAACUCUGGCUGGAAUAUGCCCAAAUGGAAACUGAAUAUAAUGGAGCGGCUGGCACUCGUGAAAUACUUCAGGAGGCAUUGGAACUGAAUCUAUACAAUGCACACAUCCUGGAAGGAUACUAUCGUCGUUUCGAGCGAUGCUAUGGAACAUAUGAAACAAUCGCCGAUUGCCAGGCCCGCCAGGCUACAAUCGCACGCUCUUCUAUGUUUGUAACCGAGCACCUACACCCACAAAAUAGAUUUAAGAUGGCAAAUUUAAAAUUUUCAACACCUCAGCAGAGGAAUAAACAGACGGACGCAAAAGACAAAACUCGCAAGCAUCAGACGGCAGCUAAAGACAAAACCUCCAAACCUCAGGCGGCAGCUAAAGACAAACGUCCCAAGCCCCAAGUAACGGCAGGUCUAGACAAUAACCCGCCUAAAGCUCAGCAACCAAGCAAACAGUCAAAGAUAGAGAAACAACCUGAAGCAGAGCCCAAGGUCAACUUCACAUAUUCGGUCGACAUGGAGGAAAAUAAAAUAUUUAUUAAGAAUUUGCAUGCCGAUUGCACUGAGCACGAGCUGCAAAACAUUUUUAAAGAUUACGGCGCCAUUAAGGAUGUGCGUCUCGUGUACAAUUUAAGAAACGUUUUCAAGGGCUUUGCGUACAUUGAGUUUGAAGAGGCCGAGCAUGCUUCGAAGGCCGUCGCUGGAGCAAAUGGUCUUUCUCUGGGCGGGAAGGAUAUCUUUGUCGCCAUCUCACAUCCGCCUCAAAAACGCAACUCGGAGAAGUUUGAAAAGCCACUGGCCCAAAAACGUCGUGUACAGACUUCGCUUAUACCAACAACGUUUUUGCGUCAGGAUGCGGCUGCAAAGCGUCGCAAAAUGCUGGACAUUGAAAUAGAAACUGACAAAGGGAAAAAUAAUGACGGGGCCACCGCAAGCUCUUCGAUCGUAUCAAAUGGCGGCGAGGGCGCUAAGAAGACAAAUGAUUAUUUUCGUCAAUUAUUAAAUAAAUAAAAUGUAAUAUGUUUAGCUCGGUUCGUAGCUAUGUACAAUACAAA